AUGCGAAUUAAUUAUGAGAAGAUGCGACAUAUGUCCUAUGCAUGCAACAAUCAUUUAGUAGAGACGGUGACGGACGACAAACUGACGGUUUCCAGUAUCUUUGACAAGGAUUACCUGCCCCAGUACGCCAGGCUCUCCCACACGUUUGGUUGGAGUCCAAACGAAAAGGAAUCAAAUCCAUGGAUACAGGUGGAUUUUGGAAGAAAAGUGGCGAUAAAAGCGAUAAAGACAAAAGGUUUGGGUCAUGUGCCAUUUGAGGAAUGGGUGAAGAAAUAUGUAGUCAGAUACAGUGACACUACAUCAGCAUGGAAAACCAUAUCAAACUGGUUACAAAUAAGCUGCCACAAAAUGUUUGAAGCACGCUUUCUACGACUAUACCCUACCAGUUGCAACAAAUAUUGCAGUUUACGCUUUGAAGUCGUUGGAUGUGAAGUAAAAACUACAACGAAAGUCCAUACUACACGUAAGCUUUCAACGCCUCUUCUUACAACCACCACGUCAGCGGCAACCCCACCAUUACCCCCACCUCAUUCAACGGCGUCCACUUCCUCAACAGCGUAUAUCACAACAAAAGAUACCUGUCCAUGUGUGUGUUUAGGAACCAAGAACUCUACACUAACAACUACUGAUUUGGAAGCAAAAAUAAUCAGUAUUAUUCAGAAUUUGACCCUACCAAGAAACAUUACCUCCAGCUAUUUAAGAAGUAAAAUUUCUGUUUACGACACCAGACCAGAGAUGGUGUUUGUAGGCUCUGUUGGAAUAGCUUUCUUGUGUUUUAUCGCCGCUUUGAUUGUACUGCCCGACUCGUAUAGAUGCUUUGUUCUACUGCAUCGACAAUCCAGGAAAAUAACAAGUAGACUGUGA